CUCUUUUGCUGCUGUUAUAUUGCCAUCGAACAUUUCCUGCGCUAUAUUAUACUAUACUAUAUUAUACUAUCUUUCUGGUUUCUUUGGUUCUAGCAAUCAGGUAAUACGUUGAGAUCUCUGUAUUAUCCUCCUCGCUGAUACAAAUCAUAGUAAUAGGAAUCGUAAUUGGGUUACAAUAUAAACCUCUUGGUCCCCUUUUUUGGUUUCUUUCUUGUUUUUGUUCUUUUUUUGGUUUUUAGCUUCUUUUCAAGAAAAGAAUUAAUCAAUCAAUUAAUCAAUCAAUCAAUCGAAAUUCGCUAGUAUUUUAUCAAUUUCGAAAAUGCUAAUUUCUAAGGAACAGUACAAGAAAAACUACAGAGUAAAACAAAUUCAAGAUUUAGCUGACUUACCAAUCGAUCAAUUAAUUAUCCAUUGUAACCAAAUCAACAAUGGAACAAUAUUGACCUACAAUAACCUCUUCUACUGGAUCCCAGUUUUAAAUCGGUUUGAUACUAUUUUAUCUGAUACUGUUAAAAAAUAUGGUUUAGAUCCAACCACCAGUCCUCAAAAUGAUCAAAAUGACCGAAAUGACCAGACCAAUAAUUUCAGUGAUACAACUCCCGACAAUGUUUUCAAUACCAACAAUUAUAAUAACUACAGCAACUAUAACAGUUACAACAUUAAUUACGAAAACUAUAACGGUUUUGACAGCUACAGCAACUACAAUGACCCCUAUGCUCUUUCAAAUAAAAACAUCUAUUCUUCAAAAUCUUCAUCAACCCAGCACCCCAUAAAAUUAACCAUUUUCGAACCUACCGACGAAGCUUCAAUAUUGUCCAUUUUGAACUUGACUUAUAAAUUAUACUCAAAAUGCUCAAAUAAACUAUUGUAUUCCUCAAUAAAUCAAAUUUACAACUUGACUAAUUCCUCCUCAAUUUCAAUUAAAUUAGCCGCUUUAAGAAUUUGUAUAAUCAUCGCUAACCGUUUUGUCAAAAGAGAUACUCUAUUAAAAAGAGUCGAUAAUAAUUUAAGAUUCCAAAUUUUAAAAUUAUCCUCCAUUUUCCCCCAAUCUUUUUUGAAUUCAAAUCAUUUAUCCUUCCUAAACUUCAUUAAUUCUUCUGUACCAAAAUCUUAUAAAUCGAUUUCUUUUCCUUAUUUCGAUAGUAAAUUAUACUAUCUUAAUGAUAACAACACCAACAAUAACAACGCCAACGCCAGCACUAAUACAAACAACAACAACAACAAUAGCAAUAAGAAUACUCCUCAAAAUGUUCAAACUCCUAUAAAACCUUUAUUAACUUCCUCCAAAAGUCAACCUUCACCCCUCACUAAACCUUUAAGUAAAGAUAAUAUUUCAAACAAAAAUAUCACUUUAUCAAAAGUUAAACGUUCUUUAACUUCAAUGGAACUAUCUCCUAAAACAUCUCCAGCGACACCACUUUCUGCGACGAAGUCCUCAAAAAAGAAUUCAAAAAAAUUAAACUCAACUGCUAUCGUUAAUGAAGGUAUUCGUCACUUUACUUUAUCCGAAAAUGAAAUCCGUAAAUACACUUUACAACAAAUUUUCGAUAAAGCAAUGAAAGAAAUCCCUUAUCAAUACUGGCAAUCUUUCUCAAUCCAUGCCUUUAUUGCAAAAUCUUUUGAUGAUAACAAUACUAUCACCACCGCUACCACCACCGCCACUAACACUACUACUACUACUAAUAAUAAAAACAAUAAAAAUAAAAUCAAAUUAAAAAAACUUAAAUCAAAUAAACCAAAUAAUGACUCUCCGAUCUUAAGAAGUGAAAUAAUUAGAUUGAAAUGUUUAUUAGUCGGCUUUUCCUGUACAAUGAAUCAUCUGACUACAAUCAACUCUUUAAUUUUUGAAAAAGAACCAAAUUUAUUACAAUAUAUAGUAGAAUUGAUUCAUCCAGAUAAUGACACAACCGUCGAUAAAGACAUUUACAUAGAUGCUAUCCAUUGCUUAGAAUCAAUUUCUUCAAGAAGACUAUGGUCAAAUGAAUUAAUUAAAGCAAUGAACGGAAACGUUAGUCAUGGAAUGUUAUUUUACUCAGUUAGAUCCAUUUUAAGAGCACUCAAAAACAACUCAAUCAAUUCCUCAAAUUUAAUUAACAAUGACUCAGACUUUUACGAUUAUUGCUAUACAAGAUUUUUCAGAUUAAUUGAAUCAUUUCUUGAAAAUAAAAAUAUCAUACCUCUAUUAACCUCUGCUGGCUUACUACAAAAUUUAUUGGACUUUUUAUCCCUAAGAACAAUUAAUCAUAAACCAACUGCAACAUCUGCCAUCAGAUUAAUAAGAAUUUUAAUCGAUACCUAUCCUGAUAAUCUAGGUUCUUUUAUUGAAAAAAAUGGCUUUAAAUUACUAAUUAGUGCAAUAAAUGAUGAAGUGGAUUUUAUCUUGAAAAAUCAAGAAAUAAUCCUAUACAAAGAAUUUGAAAAUUUCAAUCAAAUGGAUGAAAAUUUAAAUGACAGAAGCCUAAUUAAAAUCGCAACUUCAGAUUAUUUGAAAGAAUUAUUAAAAUUCACACACCAUUUAAUCAGGUCUAAUUCAACUGAGAGAACUAGAAAUUUAUUUGAUUCCCCAAUUCUAAGCUCCUUUAAUAAGGUCUUGAACAAUUGUGAUUUGUUUAAACCAAAAAUUUUGACAAGUACUUUAACUAUUAUAACUACCAUAAUUCAUCAAGAACCAACUUCUUAUCCAAUAUUAACCGAGUCAAAAAUAAUUGAUUUUUUCUUUAACAAAUUCAAAAUUUUUUUCUCUCCUGAUACUGAUUUGAUCAGAGCAAUCUUGGAAAUGAUCAAUGCAAUUUGUCUCAAUAAAGAUGGUUUACAAAAAGUUAAAGAUUAUAAUUUAAUAACAAAAGUUGUUGAUAAAAUUUUUUAUAAUGUAGAAUAUGCAACCGAAUUAACUUCAAAGGAAUAUUUGAAUUUCCCAGGAAGUUUGUUUGAUGAAUUGGCCAGACACUAUCCCGAUUUAAAGCCUAUAGUAUUAAAAGAAAUGGUCAGAAUUGUUAAAGAGAUUCCCCAAUUAACUGUCUCCAAACUAAAGGGCAUUCAAUUUUAUCGAUCCUCUGAUGGAAAAUCUCUAUUUCACUCCAAAAAUAUUGAUGAUAGCAAGAAAGGUAACUCCGAUUCCUCCAUAUUAGACGAAAAGGAUGAUCAGGUGGCUCUUAUAGAAUUAGCUUCAACAUGUAUUUCUCAAUUGCUUGAGCUAGGUCUAUCGUGGAAAGUUCUUUUUGAAAAAAUAGAUUUUAAGGAUUGGCUUGCCUUUUUGGUUUUUGAUAAAGUCCCUUUUAACUUCUUUACUGUGAGUUUAUUAGAACCUUUAAUAGAGAUUAAAGAUGAUAAAGCUUUUAAACUAAUUCUUGAUCAGUCUUUGGAUUUAAUUAAAAGUGUUUCGGAUUUUUUUGAUUAUAAAGAAUAUACAAAAGUUUCAUAUUUCACUAAAUUUGAAAAUGGAAAUGAAUCAAAUGGUUCAAUUUGCUUGCAGAAUCUAAAUAAAUUGAAUUUAUUUUUGCACUUUUUAUCAAAGUUAAGUGAAAGGAAUGUUACAUUAAUUGAAUCUAAUCAAAAACUUAGUCUUAUGACGGAUGUCUUUUCAAAACCUGAGGGUAUUCAUUUUAUUAAAUCACUUUGCAGAUUAUAUGGCAGGUGUGCUUGGGAAGAAAUCUUAUUGAAAACAUCAAUGCCAGAAGAUUAUGUGGAACACACUUUAUCAGACAAAUCCUUUGAUUCUCCCUUUCAAGUUUAUGUCAAAAAUCCCAAAAAGAGAAAUGAAAAUGAAAAGGAAAAAGAAAAAGAAAAAGAAAAAGAGGCCGAGCAUUUAAAAAAAUUAGCUAAGACAGAUGUAAAAUUUAAAAACACAUUGCAAAUUCGAACGAUUUUAAAUAGCAUUCAAACAUCCAUUUGUACAAUUCUUUGCAAAUUAGGUUCUCUGUCUAUGUUAGGAAGAAAUCAAGAUCAAGAGCCAUUUCCUGAUUAUAGGAAAUAUUCGAUUCUCAUAUCACAAGAAAUCGCUUAUGAAUUAGUGUCUAUGCUUGAUAAAACAUCAGGAAGAAGUGAUUUCAAUGAUACUGCUUACCUUAUAAUAUGUAUUUCAUUUAUAAAUUAUUUAUUAUUUUCAAAAACAAAAUCUCAAACAUCAACUGCUAUUUGUUUUAUGCAAUAUGAUGGAUUUAUUAAGAUUAAAGAUAUAAUUUCUGGUUACUGGAAUUCCCUAGCUACUUUAGAUCCAAAAAAAGUCGAGGAAAUGAAUCAAUUAAAGUACUUUCUUUUUAAUAAAGAAAGUACAACCAUGGGAGUUAUAUUGAAAUCAUUGAAGUUGAUCAAAAACAUCAUAACAAAAGAAAAGAUUUCUCCUGUUCCAUUUAGUGUGGAUUUAUAUGAUCACAAUAAAAACAGGUUAAGCAUCUCAUAUUCAAAACUUGCUGAUCGUUUUCUGGUGCAAGCAAAGUUAUUUUCAUUUGGUGUGUUAGAAAUGGUUUUGAAAGCUGACGAUCCUAUAUACAAUGAAAACUGUCAAGUAAGGAUAUCAAAUGAUGUUGUGGAAAAUAUCAUUCAUAUUUCUAGAUUUGUAUUUGAUUCAACUACAGAUAUACCGCUCGGGCCAGAUGAUUCUAGUUACAUCUAUCCACUCAAUUGGAAUAAUGUUGGCACUGCAAAAAGUAGGGUUGAAUAUAUCAAGUCAUUAGGUAUGACAGAAGAAGAAGCAAUUCAAUUUUUGAAGGUAACAAGGAAUGAGUUGAUACCUCUUUCUUCAGAAAUUCAUCCUCCAGGCUUUCAAAUAGAUGCGAAAAGAUGGCUUGAGAUUAAUGCUAAGGCAAAUAAAAGCAAAUAUGUUGCUCCUAGCUGUAUACCUAUAAGGGCACAAUAUAAAUCAUACAGAACAAUGAAAGAUUUGGUAAAGUUGAGAGAGGAAAAUUUUAAAAGUUUCUUAGAUCAAUGGCUUUAUAUUUCUCAGCAAUAUCCAAAGUGUGUAGUUCCCAUCUCUAUUAUGAUCCGUCUUCUAAAGCCAUACUUUAAUUCUAAAUCUUUAGAGGAAGAAAAUGGCAUAUAUCCUACACUUUUACUGAUUAUAAUGUCUUUAUUCGGGGAAUUAAAAACAUCCAAAGCUGAUGAUAAACUAUCUGCUAUUUUGUCUCUUUUUUUUUCUUUGUUACACAAUGAUGAAACAUUAAUGGGCUCUAAUUCUAUCCUUGAAAGAUAUGUUCAACUUUUUGAAGAAUCUUUUAAUCCAAAACACAUUGAUUUUGAAUGGUUUCCUGUUGCUUUAGAUAUUUUUAAUGAUAUUUUGUCUUUUUCUCAACUUCCUGAAAUCGAAAAGUUAUCUGUGAAGUCGGUGGUUUUAAUAGAUCAGCCAAAAAUUGAAAACCCGUAUCAAUUACCAACUGAAAUCACUGAUUCUGUUUUUAAUAAAUUAUUAAAAAUUGAAACAAUUGAUAAAGUUGAAUCUGCAUUAGCUAUAUCUAAGGCAAUGUUGAUUUAUACUCAGGAUUACCUAAAUUGCUUAAAAGUUUGCCAAUCUUCAUUAAUUAAGCUUUUAUUUCAGUCUUUCUACAAGUUCCAUGAUAAAUUUCAAAGUUCUAAACUAAAAAAUUAUUUGAUAACGUUGGUGAGAAGGUUGUAUGAAACACCUGAGUAUAUUGAAAGAGUUAUUUCAAAGAGACUAGACGAAGUGUUUGAAAAUUCUAGCCGAGCAUUAGGUGUUGGUAACCAUGGAUCGAAAAACAGUUUGACAAAUAUUAUAAAAGAAACAUCUCCUUUGGUUUUAAGAGAUCCUAAAAAAUAUGUUACUUUAAUUACUGAAAAUUUAAGAUUAGAUGAUUGUAAGGCCGAAUUGGAUAAUUUAAAUAUUCUGAAGAUUGAAUCGAAAAUUGAUUCAAAAGGGAAAUUUAAAGAUGACAUUAAAGGACAUAUAAAAAAAAAUCUCAACCAAACUUCAGAUGAAAAAUCCAGUGAAGAUAUACCUAUGUUAGAUGUGAAUUUAGAAGAAAAAUGGGAAAAGACACCUCAAAAGAAUCAAUCUGAUGCCCAACUAACUGAAGUCAUGAAGUUUUUAUUAACUGAAUUGAUGGAAGUUUCAAAAAAAAAUAUAUCAACAAAAAGUAAGGAUAGCAAUUCAAAAGAAAAAGAAAGCAAAAUUGAAAAAGAAAGUAAAAAUUCUAAAUUGGAGUAUAUGAUUUUUAUAUUGCAUGUAAUAAUUGAAAUCAUAUCCUCUUACAAAAAAGCAAAGUUAGAUUUUAUCACCUACUCAAGACUUCAUCAAUCAUCUGGAUUGAAGUUUCAUUCCACGUCUGUUAAUUUUUUCUUCCAUAAAUUAAUAUGCACUAAUUUUCUAGUAAAACAAGAUUCAACAGAAUUGAAGGCAAAAGAAGAGAUUGCUACAUUUGCCAGACUUGCUAUAACUGCAUUGUUGGCAUCCCCUUCAGAAAAUGAUCAAUUACCUGAUCCCAAAAAGGAAGACCCAGUCAUGUCGAGUAUCAGAAGGCACACAAUUGAAUAUUUAUGCAAGGCUAUUAAGGACAGUAAUGAUUCCAAACAAGUCGCUGAAGUUAGAUACAGUAAAAUAAUCAAUUUAGUUCAAGUUUGCAGUAGUUUAAUUUCUCCUGUUUUUGGGAAUGUCCAUGAAAGCUGUUUUGAUAAAGUAUCAACCAGUAAUGAUUUAUUUUAUCUUGGAAAGAUUAUGCUUGAUAAAGGAAUUCCCAAUCAAAUCACUUCUAUUAUUUCUGAGCUUGAUCUUAAUAUACCGUUUAUAAAAGUGAUUAUCAAAGAAUGCUUAAAACCAUUAAAUCUACUUGGUAAUAUUAAAACUAGGUAUCAAGAAUAUUUUAAACCUGAAAAAUCUGUUGAUGGGGAGGGUGAAGGCGAAGAUUACAUUAGAUCUUUGGUGGAAAAUUAUGAAACUUCAUCUAACAGAAGUUCUUCUUUUUCAAGUGAUGUUUCAAAUGAAAUGGAAUCUGAUUAUGAUUAUGGUGAUGAUGGUGACAAUGACGAAGAAGAAGAUGAAGACGAAGAAGAAGAUGAUAUAUAUGACAAUUCUAGUACUGGAUCUGAAAUGGAAUUAGCAAUCGAUGAAGACUCUGAUGUAUAUGAAGUUAUUGGAGAGGAUGACAUUUUAAUAAAUGUUGAAAGUGAAGAUUUGGAAGUUUCCAGUCAAGAUAUCCAAGAAUCCGAAAAUGAAAGCAGUAUUAUUGAUUUGAAUGACUGGACUGAAAAUCAUGAAUUUGAAGAAGUAGAUGAUGACCACUCUAUAUUUUCUCUUAAUAUUGAUCCAUCCGAUGAAAAUAAUGAUAUAAUAUUUGAUGACUGGUAUGGCACACAUGAUUAUAGAGAUGGUUUUACUCAUGAUAGUUUUGAUGGUGGAGAGUAUUUUUCUGAAGUUGAUGAAUUAGAGUUUCAUCAACAUAUUGAUGAUGAAGAUAAUGACGAUGAUGAAGAUAUAGAAGAAGAAGAAGAUGAUGAUGAUGAUGACGACGACGACGAUGGCAAUGACGACGAUGAUGAUGAUGACUCUUCGGAGGAGCUAAAUGUGUUCCGGUUUGAUAUGACUGGUAAUAGUCUUAGAGCUCAUAUUAAUCGUCGUCAACAUAACCGUUUGGACAGAUUUUUUCCUAUUUUCAAUAAUUUAUUUGAGACUGGAGGCAGGUUUUUUCAAACUUUCCCUGAUAGAUCAUUCAAUUUAAAUAAUAUAGCAAGGCUACCUGAGUUCAGAAGAAGAAUUAUUAGAAGAAGUUCGCCUAAAAGCUCUUCUUUCUUGUUUAAAUCGACUUUAGAUAGAUGGCGUGAUGCUGCUAGUUACUUCUAUAAAGAUGUUGAUUCUGAGGCUAGAAGAGUGAUCCCUCAAAUUAUUAACAUCAUAUACAAAGCAAGUUUUGAAUUUUUUGAAAAAGCGAGACAGAUUGAGAAGAAACGUAAAAAAGUUGAGAUGGAAAAAAGAAAAAAAAUCAGACAACAACAAAAGAAAGCUGCAGCCGCAGCCAAAGCUGAAGUUGAAGCUGCCAUUGAAGCUCGACGUCAGCAGCAACAGGAAGAGGCAUUAUCCGGUUCUACACAACCAAGACAGCCUGUAUAUGUUCAAAUUGGUGGUGUAGAUGUUGAUAUUAGCGGAACUGAUAUUGAUGCCGAGUUUCUUCGUGCUUUGCCAGAAGGUUUAAGAGAAACUGUUUUUACAGAUCAUGUUAGUCAACGAAGGUUAGAAGCGGUUAGUUCAGGAGGAGUUCAUACUCGUGAGAUUGAUCCAGAUUUUUUUGAAGCUUUACCAGCACAUCUUCGAGACGCUAUUCUUGAUGAUGAAGCUGUUAAUAGUCGUAUUAGUCCUGCUUCCAUGUUUUCUGGAAAUGAAAGACUUUUUGGUGGAGUUAAUCAAUUUUUGAACACUAAUGAUAUGGAAGAUGAUGAUGAUGACGACGACGACGAUGACGAGAAUGAUGAUGGUGAUGAUGAUGAUAAUGGUGAUAAUAAUGAUAAUGAUGACAACGAAGAUAGUGAAAAUGAAGAUAGUGAAAAUGAAGAUAAUGACAAUAAUGUAGAAGGUGCAGAUGGAGACAGAGGUAUUGAUGAGCGUUUAUUUAUGCCAGCUGGAAUUGAUAUUGUUGUUCCUACAACUAUACCAGAUUUAUCCCGGUCUUUCCUUCAUCCUUUUUCUGCUCCUUUUACAGAAAAAUCUAAUCACAGAUAUUUUACUUCCUUGGUCGAUAAAUCUGGUGUAUGCUCAAUACUUCGUUUCCUAUUUUAUCCUCAAUCAAAAGAGCAGAGAAGAAUGUUUUAUGAAAUAUUCCAGUUUUUGUGUUUGAAUAAACAAACUAGGUUUGAGCUCAUUAAUAUAUUGCUUUCAUUACUUGAUGAUGGAAUCAAUGAGCAAAAAUCCUUAGAAAAAGCUUUUGUGUUUUUAUCAUAUCGUGCUAGAUUUCUAAACAAAAGUUCAAACUUCCAAUCAAAUUCCAGUCAGAUAAAAGAUAUUUUUAUGUCUCAGUUCCCUACUGGUACAACUACUGUUACCGUUGCUACACAGAUUUUAUAUGCUAUUCAUCAGCUGUUUAAGUGUCGCUCUCCACUACGUUUUUACUUUUUAACAGAACAUGAAGUAACUUAUUCUCCUAAUAAAAACAAUCAAAAGGUUAAUCCAGAACAUAAGUAUCCUAUUAACAUUUUGUUUUCUUUACUCAAAAAACCAACCAUCCGACUGGAAUCAUCUUUAAUUAAGUUGUUGUCUAGUAUAUUUGAAAUGCUUACGCAACCCUUAAAAGUUGCCAAAUUAAAGAAAGAUAAGUUAGUUAAAGAUAAAUCUUCUGAAAACCAAAUUGAAAUUGAGCAGGACAAACCAGAUGCAAAAGAAACGGCCGAACUGUCUUCCAAAGACCAAAAGACUGAACUAGAAAACCCUUCCGCUGAAAAAUCUCAUAAAGAUUUUGAUUUUCCUAUCAUUCCACCAGAAAAUUUGAAAUUAAUACUAUUUGUUUUAGUUUCAGAUGUUUGUUCUUCUAGUAAAACAUUUCAACAAACUCUAAGCUCAAUGCAUAAUUUGUGUUCUCUUCCUGGUGCAAAAGAUGUUUUUAUCAAUGAAUUAUCGAAUCUAACUCAAACCCUAAGUCAAUCAAUAGUGUUCGAUCUUCAAAAAUUGGUUUUGUGUAUUGAAUCAACUCCAAAAGGGCAAGAUCUUGACAUGAACAUUCUUUCCAAAUUUGUUUUGCCAAAUUCUGAUCAGACAAAGCUAGUCAGAGUUUUAACUGCAUUUGACUAUUUAACACAAAAGAAAGAUGUUUCUUCAGAUAAACUUGAAAAAGAUGAUGCAUUAUUCCAUAAUUAUAUUCAAUUUCAAUUGGGAUCAUUAUGGACAGCGUUGAGUAAUUGUUUGGGGAAGCUUCAAACUAAAAAACAUCUUUCUCAUGUUUCAACUGCUUUGUUACCUUUGAUUGAAGCUCUAAUGGUUGUUUGCAAGCAUUGUAAAAUUAAAGAUCUUAAGGAUAGAGAAUUACAAAAAAUUGAUUUAACUAAUUCUAAUUUUACCAGUGAGUCGAUCGAAAACUUUUUUUACUCUUUCACUGAUCAACAUAAAACAAUAUUGAAUGAAAUGGUUAGAAAUAAUCCGAAAUUGAUGAGUGGGCCAUUCUCAAUGUUGGUCAAGAAUCCAAGAGCGUUAGAAUUUGACAAUAAAAAAAGCUAUUUUGACAGGCAACUACAUUUGAAGUUUCCUUCUAAGGGAGGCUUGAAUGUUGCAGUUAGUCGUAAUAAUGUGUUUUUUGAUUCCUAUCGAUCUAUAUUUUACAAAAAACGGGAUGACAUUCGUGCAUCAAGGCUUCAAAUUAGAUUCAAAGGAGAGGCAGGACUUGAUGCUGGUGGAGUAACAAGAGAAUGGUAUCAAGUAUUGUCUCGACAAAUGUUCAAUCCUGAUUAUGUUUUAUUUACUCCUGUUGCUAGUGAUAAAACUACAUUUCAUCCAAAUCGUAUGUCUGGAAUUAACCCCGAUCAUUUAUCCUAUUUCAAAUUUAUUGGAACAAUAAUUGGAAAAGCCAUUUUUGAUGGGUGCUUUUUAGAUUGUCAUUUUAGUAGAGCUCUUUACAAAAGUCUCCUCGGAAGAAAAGUUUCUUUACGUGAUAUGGAGAACUUGGAUCCUGAAUAUUAUAAAUCUGUUGAAUGGAUUUUAAACAAUGAUAUCACCGAUGUUUUAACUGAGACUUUUUCUGUUGAAACCAAUGAUUUUGGUGUGACAAAAGUUUAUGAUUUAAUGCCUAACGGAAGAAAUAUUUCGUUGACAAAUGAAAACAAAAAGGAUUAUGUUGAAAAAGUGGUUGAAUUCAGAUUACAGACUAGUGUUAAAGAACAAAUUGAUAAUUUCCUUAUUGGGUUUUACGAAAUAAUUCCCAAAGACUUGGUUGGAAUUUUUAAUGAACAAGAAUUAGAAUUGUUGAUAUCAGGAUUGCCUAAUAUAGAUGUGGAUGACUGGAAGAAUAACACCAUUUACAAGAACUAUUCUCCAUCAAGCACAGUUAUCAGAUGGUUUUGGAGAGCGGUCAAGUCUUUUGAUAAAGAACAAAGGGCCAAACUAUUGCAAUUUGUUACAGGUACAAGCAAAGUGCCAUUAGAAGGGUUUUCUUCUUUAGCUGGUGUUGAUGGAACUCAGAAAUUUGCCAUUCAUAGGGUUUAUGGUGCAACAGAUCGUUUGCCUUCUGCUCAUACUUGUUUCAAUCAACUCGACUUGCCACAAUACGAGUCAUAUGAGAAUUUGCGCACAGCUCUUCUUUUAGCAAUUACUGAAGGUCAUGAAGGGUUUGGUUUUGCUUAAUUUGAUUUCAUUUUAUGUUGCAGUAUUCAUUUUGUUAAUUCAUAUAUUUUAUUAUUAAAUUAAAUUUUGGUUGAAAAUUCUGUUGGUUGGGA